AUGCUGCCGCUCCAGGUCCCCAGCACCGCCCUGGCCCUGCUCAGCCUCCUUCUCCUGGUGGUGGCCCUGAGCUCCGACCACUGGCUGGAGGCCAGACGAAACGGCGUCUUUGUCCACUCGGGGCUCUGGAAGAUCUGUGUGAAUUCAGUGUGCGCCAUGCCUUCGAAACUACCAGAUUACAUCGAGGCCACCAAGAUGUUCUUGAUGCUGGGCCUGCUUGCGGGGCUGCUCUCAGCCUUCUCCCUCCUCGCCUUGCUCAGAGGCUCCGGCUUUGACACCAUGUCCCUCUGCGUGGUCCCUGCCAUGCGCAGCUUCAGCGCGGGUUCCUGCAUCCUGAUUGCACUGACCAUGUUCACCAGCGAGGUUGCUGAAGUCUUAAAGGUCACCUGGCCCCAUGUCUGCUUUGGCUGGUCCUGGGGCCUCGCUAGGCCUCCAUCCCCCUCUUCCUGCUGA